AAAUAAGUUAUUGAAUUUAACCCCUUUUUAAUGAGAACAACAUAUGUUCCUGAUUGAUAUGUCGCGGCAGCUUGGUAAUGCAAGAUCACUUACUGUAUCAUUAGGUUUAGUUAAGUUUCUCUCACAGCAUUCCAGAUUGCUUGAAGAACAACCAUUUCCCUUUUCUAAACUGGAGUCAUUGAAAGUAGUGAGAGGACGACAGAGUUGCAAGAAUAUUCCUCCAAAAGUGAUGAACUUCUUGGUUCAGGGCUCUCCCAUGGCUGAGGAGCUUCUCCCGAAGUUCCAGAAAGUAAUACUCCUCCAACAGGACCUGCGUACAACGGAUGCACAUGAAAUGUGUUGGACAGGUACAGGCGCUACUGCCUUGCUUACAGAAAAACAGGGAGUAAACCUAGAGGAGGAGGAGAUGGUGGUGUUGGAAAAGAUUUUGAUGGCUGAACGAGUUGGAAGACGAGUUAACUCAGCAGUUGCAGAGUCUAACUUGUUCGAGAUGGAGCGCGUCCACGUUGGGAAUUUAGUGGGUUGCUUGAGGCCGAUGCUUCAUGAUCUGGUCGGCUGCAUCUCCGCUGCUUCUCCGCCCUUAUACGACCGGCCAAUCGUCCGCAUUGUCAUUGAAGUCUCCGAAAACCUUGAGCGGGCACUGACCCUGGUCCGGAAGUGCAAGCGAUGCACCCUCUUUCGCCGGUUUGUCACCGGCAAGCACGUAACCGAUUUUCCCAGAAUCUUUGCACUUCUGGAAUCUUCAAUUGCCGAUAUGAACUGGUUGCUAAGCCUCUUCGACCCAAACAUUGGCUGCGCCUCUAGGGAACCUGACCUAUCCGUGCCUCCAAUCGCAAUCAAAGAUCUAGUUAUUUCAUGGGUCUGGGCGUUCAUCGCCACCGUUGAAAUGAGUCCACUGAAAAAUCGCAUCGAGGCCGCCGACAAUCUUGCUUAAAAAAGGUUCAAUUUUUAAAAGACGAAGAGGGGAAGAAGAUGAUAGAAGCUGCCAAACAAAAUAAAAACCUAGAUAUCCU